UCAUUUACAGGCCACAACUUUCCCUGGAUGUCGCAGUAUGUCAGAAGUCAAGGAUCAGUUUGGUUCUCCAUCAGUUUUAACUCAAGACUCCUAGGACUGAAGCCUUUACAUCUGCACCAUUUCUUCCUAGACACUUGGCAGAGUAUAUAAUGAGAUUACAAUGACUGCCUCCAUCAUUCUCAUACUUCUGUACUUUAUCCGCCCAUCGCUUCAGCUGGACUCGGACACAUUUUUAAUCUACAAUGAAGAUCACAAGAAGUGUUUAGAAGGUCAGAAUUCCCUCAUCUCAGUCACUACAUGUAAAGAGAGCAGCAACGCCCAAAAAUUCCGAUGGAUUUCCAAACACCAGCUUAUAAAUGUAGGAUCUUCCCUGUGUCUGGCAACAGCAUCGAAGAAAGACAUGGCAUUAGUGACUUUAUACCAAUGUGAUGGUGCUAGUGAGCUCCAGAAAUGGGAUUGUAAAAAUGAUACAUUGUUUGGAAUCCAGGGGGAUAAUCUUCACUUGAACUAUGGUAACGCAAAAGAAAAAGUUAUUCUUUAUAAAGGGUCAGGAUCAUGGAGCCGGUGGAAAAUCUUUGGAACUCCAGAUGAUUUAUGUGUUAAGGCCUAUGAAGAAUUCUACACUCUAAAGGGAAAUUCUAAUGGUCAGCCCUGCGUGUUCCCCUUCAAGUAUAAUUCCCAGUGGUAUGCGGAUUGCACGCUUGCAGGAAGGUCCGAUGGAAGGCUUUGGUGCUCUUCGACUGCAGAGUACGACAAAGACAAGUUAUAUGGAUUCUGUCCAUCUAAAGCUAUCGCUAACAAUUGGUGGACAACAGAUUCGGUUACCGGUGUCAAUUAUCAGAUUAUGGCGGAUUCGGCCAUUACUUGGUACCAGGCGCGGAGAAGCUGCCAGCAACAGGAUGCCGAGUUACUAAGUAUAACUGAGCUACACGAGCAGGCUUACAUAUCAGGAUUAACCAAUGACCUCACAACAGCUUUAUGGGUUGGACUCAACAGUCUGGACUUUAAUGCAGGCUGGCGAUGGGACAAUGGAAGUCCUUUUCGAUAUCUGAAUUGGGUUCCAGGAAAUCCAUCAAAUGAACCUGGGAAAAACUGUGCGGUGCUAAACCCUGGGAAAAAUGCCAAGUGGGAAAGCAGGGAGUGCGGUCAGAAGUUGGGAUACAUUUGUAAGAAAGGCAACAGCACCUCGUCUUACAUCCCUCCUUCAGGGACCAAUGAUCCCAUCUCCUGCCCACCACUCUGGAUACCCUAUUCUGGGUACUGUUAUUCUCUGCAUAAAGAGGCCAGGAUUUGGAAGGAUGCAAUGUUAGCAUGCAGGAGGGAAGAAGGGGAUCUCGUAAGUUUGCACAAUAUUGGGGAAGCAAGCUUUGUCACCUCACAGUUUGAGUUUGAAAAAAUAGAGUAUGUUUGGCUGGGAUUAAACGACCUGAAGGUGCAGUUGUUUUUUGAAUGGAGUGACGGGUCUCCAGUAACAUAUACAGUCUGGCAGAGAGGAGAACCAUCUCACCUCAAUAACAAAGAAGAGGAUUGUGUUGCAUUAUACACUAAGGAAGGACAUUGGGCAGAUCAGAUGUGUGAGAAAAAAUUGCCCUAUAUGUGUAAGCGAAAGCCAUUGCCAGUUGCCCAUGACCAAGUCCCUGUAGACGAGGGGUGUGAUAAGGGCUGGAGAAGACAUGGCUACUACUGCUACUCUAUCAGUGAGUCAUCUACAACAUUUUCGGAAGCGAACAGCACAUGUAAUAAUAAGGCGGCCUUUCUGAUGACUGUUGAAGACAGGUUUGAACAGGCUUAUUUAACGAGCCUGAUUGGACUUAGACCAGAGAAAUAUUUCUGGACAGGACUUUCCGAUACGGUGGAAAGGGGAACUUUCAAAUGGACUAGCAGGGAAAGGGUUUUGUACACACACUGGAACACUGAUAUGCCGGGAAGAAAACAAGGCUGUGUUGUUAUGAGAACUGGAAACAAGGGCGGAUUGUGGGACGUUGUCAACUGUGAUGAGAAAGCGAAGUACGUCUGCAAGAAAGGGGCAUUGGGAGUGACACCACCUCCUGCCCCAACGACAACAGCAGAACCAACAUGCGAGGAAGGAUGGACAACAUCCAACCGUUUAAGUGCAUGUUACAAGCAUUACUAUAAAGAAGAAGCCGAUGAGAAAAAGUCAUGGUAUGAAGCCAGGGAUUUUUGCCGAGCAAUUGGAGGUGACUUACUCAGUAUUAGCAGUAAGGAAGAAGAGCAAACAGUAUCAACAAUGCUGAUGCACAUUGGUGUUUACCGUCAGGCCUUCUGGGUUGGCCUACUGAAUAGUGAUCCCGAUGAAGGGUUUUUGUGGUCAGAUGGUACAGCUUUGGGCUAUGAGAACUGGGGAUAUGGAGAGCCAAACAACUACCAGGGAAUGGAGCUCUGUGGGGAGGUGCAGACUGAUUUCCGCUUGUCCUGGAAUGAUAGAAGUUGUGAUAUUCCUGCACACUGGAUCUGUGAGCUGAGAAAAGGUGCCAAAGCAAAGGCAGAACCUACAAAACCGACAACGCCUGAAUAUAAACUCUCAAGUGAUGGUUGGAUAAUUCAGGAUGAUACCCAGUACUAUAUCAGCAAGGAGGAGCUGACCAUGGAUAAAGCGCGGGAAUUUUGUAAAAAGAAUUUCGGGGACCUUACCACCAUCAGCAGUCUGACUGAAAGGAAAUUUCUAUGGAAAUAUGCUUUAAAGAAUAGGAAGAGUUCUGCAUUUUUCAUUGGUUUAAAAUUAGCAUUGGAUAAAGAAUUUAAGUGGAUGGACAAUUCUCCUAUGGACUUUGUUGCAUGGGCGAGUUAUGAACCCAACUUUGCCAAUAACGACGAGAACUGUGUUGUGAUGUAUAGAGACUUGGGAUAUUGGAACGAUAUAAACUGUGGAUAUCCAAAUGCAUUUAUCUGUGAAAGAAAAACCAGUUCCAUUAAUGUAACAUUUGCACCAACUCUACCUGCACCGGAAGGCGGAUGCCCAGCAGACUGGCUUUCAUUUGGAAAACAGUGUUAUAGAAUAUUUGGAACAGAAGAAGAUGAAGUGGUUGAAUGGCCACAAGCAAGAUCUGCGUGUCAGUCAUUAAAAGGAAAUUUGGUCAGCAUACACGACAGCCUGGUACAAGCUUUCCUGGUUAGUCAGUUAAAAGAUUUUUAUGUUGAUGUCUGGAUUGGAAUGAAUGAUGUCAAUUCAGAACACAAGUUUCUGUGGACGGAUCAAAGUGGAGUGGUUUUUACAAACUGGGCCAAAGGUCAUCCGUCAGGAAGUCACGUGUAUGCCCAUGAUGAUGAUACCGACUGUGUGGCUAUAAAACGUGGCCCUAUUUUGGAUGCUGGUUCAUGGACCGAAGAAGAUUGUGAACUGAAUAAAGGAUACAUAUGCCAGAAAUCUAAAGACCCUACUUUACCACAUGUCCCUACUACUGUUCCCCCAUCAAACAAUUAUCGAUACGGCGACUCCAGCUACACCAUUGUUAAAACCAAGAUGAAGUGGGAUGAAGCACGGCGGUGGUGCAAGGCCUCAGACUCUGAGCUAAUCAGCAUCUUAGACGAGUACACUACGUCGUUUCUGAAGGUCCAUUUAAAUAAAUAUAAGGAGCCUUUUUGGAUUGGCCUCAACAGUAACAUGACUGACAGCCAGUUCAGAUGGAUUGAUAAAUGGAAGCUUCGGUACACAAAAUGGGCUGCUGGAGAACCAAAGAAGAAAAACGCCUGUGUUUAUAUGGAUGCAGAAUGGCAGUGGAAGACAUCAGCUUGUGAUGAGAAUUAUGCUUCAAUUUGUAAGCAAUCCAAAGUUGUUGCUCCCACGGAACCACCACAAAAACCCGGAAAAUGCCCAGAAUCAACAUCAAAAUCCUGGAUACCCUUCCGUGGCCAUUGCUAUCUUUUUGAAUCAUCUUACACCAGAAACUGGGCUCAAGCUUCCUUGGAAUGUCUUCGGCUUGGUGCCAGUUUGCUGUCAAUUGAAGAUUUGGUUGAGUCAGAUUUCAUAUUCCACCAUCUGGAAACACUCCAGGACAGAGAGAGCACGUUUUGGGUGGGACUUUAUAGGAAUGUGGAAGAAAAGUGGCUCUGGUUGGACAAUACGCCAUUGGACUUUGUGAACUGGAAUACCGGUGAACCGUCUGAGCAAGCAGAUGAACAGUGUGUGGAAGUAUAUUCCACAAAAGGGACGUGGAACAACCUUUAUUGCUCCUCUUACAGGGGAUACGUAUGUAAGAAAUUAAAAACUCCCAUACCUACAGAGAAGCCAAUCGCGAAGCCAGAAGAAACAAAAUCAAAUCCACCUUCACAUGGCAUGACGGGUGGCGUGGUUAUACUUGUAAUGCUUGUUGUUGCCGGAACCACUGUUGCAGUCUACUAUGUAUACAGGAGAAAACAGAACAAGCCUCCUCCGGACAGCAGUUUCGACAACUCGUUAUACUUUAAUGGCAGCCGUGUACCCCCGACACAGGAUACAAAUGUUCUAGUGGAUAAUAUCGAGCAAAAUGAACGUGCUAUCUCUUAGUGUCAGUAAAAACUUUCCAUGAAGGUAAAAUAAUUCCUACAGCAGGUUGUGACAGACUCUAAAUGCUGAGGUUUACAUUAAUUAUCCCAAAUUUUAGUGACAAGCGCAACUCGGCAACAUAAGUGAAUCUGGUGCCACCGAACAAAAUGUAAGAACAAUUUUUUUAAAUUUAAAAAAUGUUAAAAACAACGUGCUGAGAAAUAAUGUUUUGUACAUGAGGAAGACCCCCUUGUGCAUGCAGGUAAAUAACUGAAAUGUUUGAAAAGCAAACUUAAGCGCACUGAUCUCUCACUCCCAGAGGCGGCCAUUUUGUAGGAAGAACCAAUAUUUAUGAGGGUGCGGCUUAUAAAUUCUCUAAGAACUUAUGCCGGCUCUGAGGUUAGAGGUAUGUUGUGCCUCAUGUCUCAAGCUGUGUUGACGUUACUAGUACCUAUGAAAUUAUACAGUACUCUGCUUUAGCCCAGAAAAUGGCUGUUCCAUUUUGUACAUCUUAAAAACAGGGAACAUAAUAGGACCCAUCAUUACAUUGUUUAAUUCCUAAUUAGAAAAUGGGGCCUGUAUUCGCUUCCUCACAUCUUGCUUCCUCAAAUGAAACACCUUAAGGUCUAAGGCUCAGACAGUAUUACUGCACCGAAACCUCAUAUACUAUGGACUGACACUAGAUUUGUCAUUGUAACAUGAGAUGUUAGGUGCUUUUUGUGUACCACUACUUCAGAUCAUGCCGCUGACUACUGUACUCCACACUGCAACAGUAUACAGUAAAUACUUCAAUGUGCCUUUUGUAUAACCUCAGGAAGCACAGGUUGUGUCUCCCGACAGUAAUCACUAAUCAUACACAGAGAGAAAUUUCAGUUGUCUGUGUUAUCCAUAAUCAUUGUUACAGAUGAUAUGUAUAUUAAAAAGUUUCUUUUA